UACUGCGAGGAGCAAUUUAUCGUGACUUCCAUCAGAUCGAAAUGAAACGCGGCCAAGCAGAAGGGACAAGGACGCUGAAAUAACUCAAAGGAGGACGAUAAAGCUCAUCUGAGAUGCUCGACCUUUUUCUCGUCCAGAUAUUUCUCAGCAAGGAAUCUGCGUCCGGUGUUUGUGUUUCAAUGCACUUCUCUCGCUCUAUUCUUAUAACAAAAAAAUCAGUUUGAAACUGAACUAAGUCAAAUCAGAUGCAACGGUUUUAUGGACUGCUGCAUCCAGAGAGUCAUUCACAGGAUUACAAGUGUCAGUGUGUGACACUGCAGCAGUGACAUCCUCAUCUGAGAAGCACAGGGGAGACAGCUGCUCCCACAGACUUCAGGACUUCACAAACUGACAAUAGGCUAUAAGAUCAUAUGAGUGCAGCUUUCAGCACACCGUUCAUGAUGAUGCAGCGUCCGGUGGGAAGCACCACUGCAUUCAGCAUUGACUCGCUCAUCGGAGGUCCACCGCAGCCCAGUCCGGGUCAUUUCAUGUACACGGGCUAUCCCAUGUUUAUGCCCUAUCGGUCAGUGGUGCUACCUCCGCCUCCUCCACCACCUCCUCCAACUCUUCCUCAGAGCGGUCUCCCCGCGACCCAUCCGCACCACCCGAUCCCGGGGUUACCCAGCGGGUUCUGCUCCAGCCUGGCGCAGGGCAUGGCGCUCACAUCCACGCUUAUGGCCACGUUACCCGGCGGCUUCUCCACCUCGCCAUCUCAGCAGCACCAGGAUGCGGCGAGGAAGAUCGGCUCUCGGUCUAUUCACGCCAUGUUCGAUAAAUCUCAGGAUAUUCGUUUGGAUGGAGAAGACGGGAAAACGUUUCCAACGAAAGAUUCAGCGACCCUUCCGUCAUUUCACGACCCGCAGUCCGUUCACACUUCUACAGUGCGAGGUCACAACAAAGACGACACGAAGGAGGAUGAGUGUCACAGGAAAGAUGAGAGCUUCUCCAUGGACAGUGAUUUAGAUUACAGCUCCGAUGAUAACGGGCCGGGUAACGCCAUGUGUCAGAAGGAAGAUGGAGACGCCAACGGAGGACUGGACGAUGGCGUCCACGGCGGGAAUGGGGCCGGGAACACCACGUCCACCGGGAAAAAUCGGAGAAGGAGGACCGCUUUUACGAGCGAGCAGCUCUUAGAACUGGAGAAGGAGUUUCACUGUAAGAAAUAUCUAUCCCUCACAGAACGCUCACAGAUCGCCCAUGCCUUAAAGCUCAGCGAGGUGCAGGUCAAGAUCUGGUUUCAGAACCGGAGAGCCAAGUGGAAACGGGUCAAAGCGGGCAAUGUGAACUCCAAAACCGGAGAGCCCUCCAGAAACCCGAAACUUGUGGUGCCCAUUCCGGUGCAUGUUAGUCGGUUUGCAAUACGCAGCCAACACCAACAGUUAGAACAGGCUAGACCUUGAUACACUGGGUUUAGAUAGCUACUAGAGGACUAAGAGACAAAUCAGCGAAUACUAAAUCUGACCAAACUGUUCUUGAGGCUGAUGUUUCUGAGGAACCCAGGACACGAAAAUCUAUCCAGCUGAUAGUUUGUGCUAU